AUGGCGCUGCGUCUUGACCACUCCACGAUUACUGGGAGCAGUGUGAUGAUGGAGCGUCCCGAUGCCCUGCCGUCCCUCUACCUGGCCAUCAUGGUGCUGGCCUGCCUGGGCAUCGGAGUGUCCAUCCUGUUUACCUGGCUCACCUGUCGUCUGGCCAGCAGCGAACAGCAGAGGAUGUACCUGGAGAGAGAGCUGUCCCUGCACCACUCCCAUGAGAUGAGUGAAAAGGAGUUGGCUGAGAGAUCUGAGAGAGCAGCCAGCAUUCCCCAGAUCUCCUUCAAUGGAAAGUCCUCCCCUCCAUUGUCAUUAGGCUGAAGCCCAGUGUGUUACUGCAUUCAAAGCAACAUGGAGACAAUGUUGGUUUCAUACAACACCAACGGUUGCAGGGGACGUGAUCUCUUGCAAUGAACUGAUACACAAAGGAAUCAACUGAAGUUACGGCAACGCUAUGAGAAGGCGCUGUGAGAUUUGACAAUCGGCUUACCAGUGACGAUGUAGGCUGAAGAUGCGCCUGGAUAGUCCCCAGACAUGGCUUUGGGGACAUGGAAACAGCAGAUAGAGGGACAAAGCAAUGGCACAUCCAAAGGCUCAAAAAGAACAACUAAACCACCUGAGAUUGUCAGUGUUGAGACGGUGAAGACAUAACUGCUUCAGGGUUUGACUGGUCAUAGAGAUCAUGUCUACAGUGGGAGUUGGUUCCAGUACUAU